UUCACACUUUUCGAGACAAGAGACUUUCAUCAAUGGCGUGAAGCAGAUGUCGAAAAGCACCUUCAAGGCUUUCGUCGAGUAUAAGGGGCCUGAGGGCGGAUUCCGUGUGAAACUAGCCGAUAAUGGUGAUGAUUUAUCUGAGGAAGAAACUGAGGACGACGAUCGUGCUAGCAGGUGCUAUUCGGAGAUUACGGACAGCGAAAGCGACAUCCUACCGUUUACACCGCAGACGAAACAACAAGCAGAGGUGAAGAAAAGACAGGAUAAGGCAUGGUUUGCGGCAAAGGAGCUUGUAGAUAGCGAACAACGUUACGUGAGUAAAUUACGGUUAUUGGAUGAGCAGUUUCGCCAGCGAGUUCUGAAAGAGACGGCGAUCGAUAAGGAAAAACAGUUGAAGCUUUUUGCCAACAUAUCCAGUUUAAUAGCCAACGUAGUUCGCAAGCAGGCGCCUUUCUUGAAGAUGUACUCUGAGUACACAAAUAACUAUGACAGAGCAACGAAGACUUUUGACGAAAUGAAGAAGAAGAAGAAAUUCGCUGAUCUCGUUCGUGAAGUGGAGAAAUUGCCUGAGUGUGAAGGCCUUCCCCUUAGUCAUCACCUAAUCUGUCCAGUGCAAAGGGUGAUGCGAUAUCAACUGCUACUUCAGGAAUAUAAAAAACAUCUAACCGAAAAGGACAGUGAUUAUACCGACGCAGAUGCGGCGCUUCAACUUGUACUCGAGGCUGCAUCUCAUGCCAAUGAGAUGAUGAAGAAACUGGAUGGAUUUGGUAAGGUGGUUGAAGUACAGGAACAGUUAGGAAAUUCUAUUUCACUCGUCUCACCAGGACGAGAAUUGCUGAAAACCGGGACCUUGCAGAAAAUCUCUUCAACCACGGAGAAGACAGAGGAUCGAACGAUCUUCCUCUUCAAUGAUAUCAUACUAUUGGCAGGAGAGCGAAAGAUGAUCGGUCUUUGUAAAUACCGCCUACGUGCCGUAUUUCACGCAUGUCAUACGCAGAUAUGUGAAGGCGAUAAUCUUGAAAGGGAACAUUCCUUCUACAUUCGAGGGUCCGAUGGCAGUGGACCGCAGAGAUGUGUGGAACUCUUUUCAGAUUCUCAAAAGGAAAAGAAUGACUGGGUGGAAAGCAUUUGUGCAGUGAUCGAGGACUGUCGGGCAAACUCAGCUACCUUUGGUGGAAACAAUAAAUCUUCACUAGGCGAGAGUAACAACAACUACAGCGAAAGUCGGAACUGUGCUGACUGUGACACAGAGUUCAGCCUCUUCUAUCGCGGCGUGAAAUGUGGCAAAUGUCGAAGAAAAUUGUGUAAGAAGUGCUUUGGCAGGUAUCGUAGCGAGAGUAAGAAUCAACGGAUCUGUGAGCCAUGUGUGAAAAAUAUGGGUUUCGAGACGAUUCGUCGCUCAGCGUCUGCUCAAUCAAACGGACGGCCGAAUGUUCUCGCAACACCGGCUGGAGGAAAAGGAAUUCUACAUGCCAGCAUGGUAAAGUUUCGAGGUUCACUUGGCAAAGCGUUUGAGCGAUACUUUGUCGUACGAAAUGAUUUUUGUCUUUACUCUUACUUAUCACCUGAUGACGAAUGUGCAUUGGCAAUGUUGCCAUUACCAGGAUGUGAGGUGAAGCUGUGCGGUGAACGCUUCACUUUCUCACUUCGGGUCGGAUCUCGCAGGAUGUACACGGUGACCGUAGAAGACGAGCAGAAUCAGCUGCGUUGGAUGGCUGUGCUGGACCUCGCAGCGAACGCCCAACUGCAACAAGCGCCUGAGAACUGA